AAGGAAAAGAAGGCGACGGAGACAGAGAGAGAGGGAAACGAGGGAGGGGAAGAAAAGAAGACAAGACCCCCCUUCCCUUCCUUUCCUCCCGUCGCCAGGAGAUUAGCGGCAGAUAAGCCGAGGAGGAGGAGGAGGAAGAGGAGGAGGAGGCACCCGGCGCUUUUCCAUCCAAGCGCGACCUUCUCCUUCUUCUCUCUUUCUGCUGGGCGCCCGGAGGCGGAAGGAAGAAAGCGAGAGAGAGAGAGAGAGAGAGAGGGCAGGGAGAGAGUCAGACACACAGAGAGAGACAGAAAACUCGCCGGCGAAGGAAGGAGCCGGAGAACAACGCCUCUCCAAGGGGACGGCCGCUUCCCAGCCCUUUCCUGGGCACUUGGGGGGAAGAGCAGAGCCCAACUCCCCCUCUCCCCGCGUGGAUUGGCAGCGGGACCCGGGACGGAGCUGAGCAGGGCUUGAGAAGGAAGGGGCCGCGGUCCACCAGCUUCCCUUUUUGGGGGAGGGAGCGGCGGCGGAGGAAGAAGAGCUUGCGGGUCCCCGCCUUGGCUUGGCUUGUUCCCCGAUGAGCCUGGGCUGAGCCAAGCGCCCGCCUCUUUCCCCGCGGGGCCGCCAUGAAGAAGGACCUGCUGCCGGAGCUGCCCGCCGGACAGUGACCCGCCAGGGAAGCCCUCCUCUCCUCCUCCUCCUCUUCCUCCUCCUCCCGCGCCCCCGCUCCUCCAGCGGCAUGGCCCUCGGGGCGGCUGGCAGAGGGUCCCUGCUGCUGCUGCUCCUGGCGCUGCUGCUGCUGGCCCUGGCCUCGGCUUCGCCCACCCCGCCGGGAGCCGCCCCGCAGGACACCUGCACCUCCUGUGGCUUCCGUCGCCGCUCGGCCCCUGAGCUGGAGCCUGGCCCGGGCCAAGAAGGCGGCGAGCCCGGCGCCGAGGUGGACGGCGACUUCCUGGAGGCCGUCAAGCGCCACAUCCUGAGCCGCCUCCAGAUGCGCGAGCGGCCCAACAUCACCCACGCCGUGCCCAAGGCCGCCCUGGUCACGGCGCUGCGCAAGCUGCACGCGGGGAAGGUGCGCGAGGACGGGCGCGUGGAGAUCCCCAGCCUCGACGGGCAGGCCAGCCCCGGCGCCCCCGCCCAACAGACCAGCUCCGAGAUCAUCAGCUUCGCCGAGACAGAUGACUUGGCCUCCUCCAGAAUGCGUCUCUAUUUCUUCAUUUCCAACGAAGGGAAUCAGAAUUUGUUUGUGGUUCAAGCCAGCCUGUGGCUUUACUUGAAGCUGCUUCCAUAUGUCUUGGAGAAAGGCAGCCGGCGAAAAGUAAGAGUCAAAGUGUAUUUCCAAGACUCGGACACUAGCAACAAGUGGAAUGUGGUUGAAAAGAAAGUUGAUCUCAAAAGAAGUGGCUGGCACACAUUUCCCAUGACAGAAGCAAUCCAGGCUCUGUUUGAGAAAGGGGAGAGAAGGCUGAACUUGGAUAUUCAGUGUGAGGCCUGCGAAGAGUAUUCAGUGCUGCCAAUUUACGUGGACCCUGGGGAUGAAUCUCACAGGCCCUUUCUAGUCGUGCAAGCCCGGCUGGCUGACAACAAGCACAGAAUCCGGAAAAGAGGCUUGGAGUGCGAUGGCAGGACCAAUUUAUGUUGCAGGCAACAGUUUUACAUUGACUUCAAACUCAUUGGGUGGAAUGACUGGAUCAUAGCGCCAUUGGGUUACUUUGGGAAUUACUGUGAAGGGAGCUGCCCGUCCUACUUGGCCGGCGUCCCAGGCUCAGCUUCCUCUUUUCACACCGCAGUUGUGAAUCAGUACCGCAUGCGAGGGCUCAACCCAGGGACCGUGAACUCCUGUUGCAUCCCAACCAAACUUAGCACAAUGUCCAUGCUGUACUUUGACGAUGAAUACAACAUCGUGAAGAGGGACGUUCCCAAUAUGAUUGUGGAAGAAUGUGGCUGCGCCUGAUUUGGAGGGGUGUGCAUCAGAAAGGGGAGGGAAAUGGGGGGAGGGGGAGAGAAAAUUCCAAAACUGAAUGGAAACAGAGGGUGUUUUGGGCUGUAUUUCUUCCUUCCAGGCAUGGAUGGAUAUUUAAAUCACUGCAGAGGCAGCAACAACAAGGACAACAAAGACGUAUAUCAUUUCACUCUGUUGUCAGGACAGUGGCGGUUUGUGGAUCUUGAACACUAAAAUAUGCUACCACUUAUAAACUAAUGCUAUGAAGUACCUUAAAUCCCACCCACACACCCAAGGACACAAGCACACGUACACAUAGCAACACACACAUACACACACACACAUGCAAGUUGCAUGAUUCAGCUGGGAGGAGGAAAGCAGUUGCUGAAGGGGAGUGUACAUUUGUUGGAGUGAGACACGUGGAUGGCCCACUAGCCAUUUCCCUUCUGUUCGCCAGCCAUUUGUUUUGGAUGAAACCAAUGGGAAGCGCAAGAAAAGAAAACCGUUUAAUAUAUUCUCAUACACAGGUAUUUAAGUGACCAAACGUACAAAUGACCACCAUCACCUCUAAGGUCUAAAAAAAUGAAGACGGAAGUAGCAGGCUACCUGCUUAUGGCAAGAUUAGCCCUUCCUCUUGAUGUUAAACAUAAUGUACAUAUAUAUAUUAUGAAAAAAGAGAAGAAUCACAAAUGGCCUAUAGCACUUCCAGGGUAGAAUAUUGAUGGAACCAGCGGGGCGGGUGGGAGAGGGAGAGAUCGAAAGAUACAGAAGCAAAUGUUGUGAUCUUAAUAUAAAAUGGUUGUUGUAUUUCUUCUGAACGAUAUGUUGGCAUGAUUUCAUGCUUUAAUGGAUCAUUAGAUGCUCCUAUACCUGCCCCAUGUGGACUGUUAUUGUAGUUAUGGCCAUCUGUAAAGGGCUUGUUUUUCCCUAACCCGCCCUGUCGGUCCCUGUUUUGCUCACUGUGCUUAUGAACAGUUUUUUAUGUUCUGAGAACAUUGGCAACAUCCAAAGUAGCCGUUUGUGUUCCUUGCCCAGGGAUGACACCAGAGGCUCCCCCCCCCCCCCCCCCGGAGCUGUUGGGAAGGAGAAGAGGGAAGGAGACAAGACACCAUCAAUAGCACAAAUCCAUUGAUGAGCCCUAAAGAGAAAUUAUGGCCAGGUGGUGGAUUACCGUGAUUCAGGGGAGGGAGACGCAGUGUGACAAGGAAGAAACAUCUGGCCCAUUUUGGGAAGAGAGAGAGAGAGUAUGGAAUAGAAGACAGUCUUUGUUUUGUUGUUUCCCCGGAUUACCUCCUCCAAAUAUGUCAAGGAUGGCUGCAGAGCUCAAACACUCCCCUCCCCUCCACUUGCUCUAGCAUAGCACUCAUAAACUGCUUGAACGCACGUUAUUAUAGCACUUGCAGAUUUCAAUGCCUUGAACGGUUGGUACUUACUUGAUGGUGCACUUCUCUUUGCUCACUGUCUCUAGGUUUAAAAACAAGUGCCGCAUGAGCUAUGCAAUUUAAAGUGUUGACCCAUACUAGAUGAAACUGGACUGAAAUGAGAUGGUACUUUUUGAAAUAUUUUUUUUAUACUUGAAAUUAAAUCUUUUGCUUCUUUUUUUAAAAAAGCGAAUGAUUGCUUUUCAUGUUUGCACUGAUGUAGUUGCAUGACGUAGUCAAGAGAAACUGCCAUUUGAAAAAAAAAGGUUAUUUUUAUAGCAGCAAAAAAAAAAAAAGUGAUAAUGAUGAAAACAGUGAAAUGUAUUAUACAUAAAAUUUUGGAACCAAAGAGGCCAGCAUAUUAAUUGUAAUUUUUAUCAGAUGGCAAGGCCAUCCUAUAAAUAUAUAAAUAUAUAUAUCUCAAUCAUGUAAUGAUAGUGAACACUCUCCUGUGAGGCCUAACAGUUCUUUUUCAGGGUGCGAAAUGGAUUCCAUUGUGUUUGGUCAGCGUCUUUUCUAUGCCAUCGUACGUAGCAGACAUUAUAAGAUGUACAUCCUUUAAGAGAAAGAAGGAAAGAAAAACCUAAAUGUUGUUUGUUUAAUAGAAUCCCUUGUAGGUUCUGCUCCAUAAUAAUUUAAAUACCAAACAACUUUCACUUAGAUAUGCUGUCAGAGUAUUUUACAUUUGUGUACAGUUUAAGUAAAUAAAACAGAUCAGAAACAAAAA